UAUACACACAAUUACAUACACACAUACUCAUCUUCACACACACACUUUCCUACACAUACGCAUACAUACACGAACACCCAUACGUGUACUAUCUUAUGCAUAUACAAACUUACACACGCAUACACAGAUAGUACACCUAUUAAGGCCGACACACACAACAACAAUCGCCAUUCGCCACUAAGUGGCGUUGACAUCACCACGACACACACAAGCACACGCGCACACACACAAAGACACAUACAUAGAUACACACAUGCACACUCGCGCACACACAUACACACCACAAGCACACACGCACAGGCGAAUACAAAUAUCCCCCAUAUAGCCUUUUGAAAUACUGUUGAUGCUGUUAGCGAGUGCCUAUAUGCACAGGCACACAUACGUACACAAAGACAAACACACAUAAACACACAGGUACACAUACAUACACACUCGCACACAUACACGCACACAUACACACGGUCACCAUGGCGUGUAAUAGACGCUAUACGGCAAUCGAAGCGCUCGGACCUCAUCCUGGAUCGAACCUACGACGGGGGAGCGAGUUCCCAAACGCGGCUGCGAUGCAGACCCCCCAGACAGCGUUGCCGCUCCGGGGAUUCAUCGGAGGCUCGGCACGGCGUGGGAAGCUGCACGAACUCGCAAGUGGCACACGUGGGCGACGAUGAUGAUCACCACGACGACGACGACGAGGAGGAUGAAUCGGAGGGGCUGUGUCGACGCCGCGGCCACUGCCGCGUUCUCGCCCGGCGCUUGAACGCGCAGCGCUCGUCGGGCAGGCCGCUGUGCGACGUCUCCCUGCGGAUGGGGGGUCACGUGGCCCACGCACACCGGGGGCUCCUGGCCGCCGUGUCCCCUUACUUCCGAGCCAUGUUCGCCGGAGGCUUCCGCGAAAGGACUCUCGGCGAGGUGUCGAUCGACGUGGAGGCUUCCCCUGAGAGCGCCGAGUGCGUGAUGCGGCACAUGUACCUCGGGGACACGAGCUUGUCCACCACAGGCACGGCACGCGAGGUGCUGCUACUGUCCGACUUCUUCUCGCUUCCCCUCCUGCACUCCGCGGCCGCGGAGUUCCUGCGGGCACGAGGCCUGGACGCUUCCAUCACUGCCUACUCCUCCAUAGCCUGGCUUACUACCGCGACCGCGACCGACACCGAAACCGACACCUGCUCAACCGCCUUCACCGACGAACGCUCAAUCUCAUAGCCGUCGUUGGCACCCUCGAAAUCUGAAUAUUUUAUGUCGACUGCAGGAGGAAUCUGACGAGCUCUGAAGCUCUUUUUUUUCACGAAUGUCCAGUUGGGACACAGGGUCAGAAAGCUACAACGACGAACAAUGCACAACUACGAGAGGAGUGCAAAGUAUAGGAAAGGUCAACGAAUCUCACACAACAAAAAACUACUGGUUUUAGAAUACCAGGUAAGGCCCACUGGGCUAUUUGCUUCUUAGACCAUUGGAACCUCCUUUGCCAGUAGCCAAAUAUGAUAAUAGUUUUUUUUACCCUUUUAUCUGGCAACAAAACUGACACUUUUUUUUACAAGGAGUCAUGUUUGCAUUGACCACAAUACCUGUGGUCGGAAUGCAAACAAAAAACAUAACUCUGAUAAUAUAUGCGCUGUCCUUGAAGUUGAUUGGUCCACACCCGAGACAGCUUUUCUUAGAGCCUAGUCUCACAUGGUGUUGGACCAGAUGACACCAAAAGGCGCACAACUCAAAGACAAUGCACCAUCAGAGUAUGAGAGCUCGGGGUAAGCAUUUACACCAUUGGAACCUCCUUUGUCAGUAUCAAAAUAUGAUAAUUGUUUGAGAACCAAAGGAGCGCACGGCUGCAGUAAAUUUUAAGAACCACUGGUUUAUACGGUGGAGGAAAGACCUACUUUACGGAUUAUAAGACGCACUUCACCCCAGGUGAAGAGCCACUGGUAGGUAUAAACCAAACAUCUCACACAUUUAACGAAUGAGGAACGGCAAUUGAGAGUCAUUUGUCAAUUGAGAGUCCCAUUGUCACUCGAGUAUUUUGAAGGAAAAGUCGUAGGGCUCGUUUUAAAAUCCAGUAGGUUUAUGUAAAUGUACGUCACCAGAUCAGUCUAAGGGAUGAUGAUUAUAAUGAUUUACAUUUGUAAGGUGCGUUGCAUCCGUAGAUCCCAAUGCGCCGUAGGGUUUUGAUAUCGGGCACCGUAAGCUUUGGGGUGCUUCUUCCUUUGCGAAACAUCUUAUAAUUAUCUAUAGAAUGCGUUUUUUUUAUACUUAUCAUGCUUGCGUGUGUGUAGUGUAGCAGUUAGCGCGCUGCGCUACGAACCUGGCGGUUUCCGCUCAUGUCCAACACCGGUGAUGAUUAUCUAAACCGGUCCUGGGCCUCCCCUAGGUUGACUCAGCCUCAAAUGAGUACUUGGUGCAGUGUGUUAACAGCGCCACUGGGGAGACAAAGGCGGCCGGGCUUGGUGCUGGCCACCCACCCCCUCGUGUGCCGUGCCGGCCUUUAUCGGUGCUACUCGCUUACAGCACUUGCCCCAACAGUCUGUUGCAGGCUAUACAAGGGAUCUUUGUCUCUUGUAGACUAAUAUCGGAGUUCAAUUCCCGGUCACGGCCACUAACACCAGUUUCGAUUAAUAAUCUGAACUGGUCCUGGUCCUGCCCUAAACCGACUCAGCUUCAUAUGAGUACAGUACCAGGUGCGGUGUGUAUUGAACAUCAGCACUUGGGAGACAAAGGCGGCCGGGCGUGGUGGUGCUGCGUCCUCCCCCCCCACCUCCUCAUAGGUGCCGCUCCGGCGUUCAUAGGUGCUGCUACUCACUAACAGCACUUGCCCCAACAGCCUGUUGAGCUAUAUACAUUCUUGGCUCUUUCGGUAAAGUCACGUAGAUAGAAAACAAAAACACAAAAAGAAAAAGAAUAAAUAAAAUUAAAACUAAAAAGAAUAAAAAAAUAUUUGUAAUUUUUUUUCUAUCUCCGUGACUUUACCGAAAGAACCAAGAAUAUUCAUUCCUGCGGUCACGAACGUUUUAAGUCAAAAGUCUGUCGAGGCGAUACGGCGGGGACCUUUGCACGUGUUGUGUGUUGCAUGUGUUGUGUUUGUUGUGUUUGUUGCGUGCGUUGUAUUUGUUGUGUGCGUUGUGUUUGUUGUGUGUGUUGUGUGCUGUAUUUGUUGUCUUUGUUGUGUGUGUUGUGUGUGCUGUGUGUGUUGUGUGUGUUGUGUGUGUUGCAUGUGUUGUGUUUGUUGUGUGUGUUGUGUUUGUUGCAUGUGUUGUGUUUGUUGUCUUUGUUGUGUGUGGUGUGUGUGGUGUGUUUGUUGUGUGUGUUGUGUGUGUUGUGUUUGUUGUGUGUGUUGUGUUUGUUGCAUGUGUUGUGUUUGUUGUCUUUGUUGUGUGUGGUGUGUGUGUUGUGUUUGUUGUGUGUGUUGUGUUUGUUGCAUGUGUUGUGUUUGUUGUCUUUGUUGUGUGUGGUGUGUGUUGUGUGUGUUGCGUGUGUUGUGUGUUGUGUGUGUUGUGUGUGGUGUGUGUUGUGUGUGUUGUGUUAGUUGUGUUUGUUGUGUGUUGUAUGUGUUGUGUUUGUUGUGUGUGUUGUGUGUGCGUGUUGGGAGAGCGCGAUGGCUCGUGACGUGUCCACCUCUCACAGCUGCCCCCCGUCCAGACACACGUGGCGCGCUUUGUCUGUGUGUGAACAGCACUGUGACUCCCCCUCCCACUCCGUCAGCUGUGUUCAAGCACCCGGGCAAAAAUCGCAGCCACCCCACUAAACCAACACGCGCACCCAUCCCCCACACACAAAAGACAAAGAUCCCCCGUGUAGCCUUUGACUGGCUGUUGCGACAAGUGCUGUUAGCGAGCAGCACCUAUGAAGGCCGGCACGGCACACGAGGAUGAGUCGCCAGCACCAGGCAAGGACCGCCUUUGUCUCCCGAGUAGCGAUGUUUACACAUCGCACCAGGUACUCAUUUGAGGCUGAGUACACCUAGCGGAAACCAAUGACCGGUUCAGGCUGGAACUAUUCAAUCCUCUAGUGCAGGGGCCGGCAACCAAAAUAACAAGGAGAGAUAUUUCGAUUUAAAGCUUUCGUGACUGCAGGGAUUCAUCUUCUUGGUUCUUUCGGUAAAGUCACGUAGAAGGGAAGUAAUAAAAUAAUAAAAAUAAAACAUAAUAUCCUGAAGACGGCUGCUUGCGUUAUAGCCGAAACGUCGUGAUAAUUAUUUUAUUAUGGUAUAUUUUUAUUAUUUUAUUACUUCCCUUCUACGUGACUUUACCGAAAGAACCAAGAAGAAAAAAGGAGAGAUAUUUUUUGUUCGAUUUCGGGAGAAAUAAAAUAAAAAAAACCUAAAUAUUUCAAGAGGCGCAAUGCACUGGUUGGUGAAUACGAGACACGGUGGUGGUGGUGGUGAUCCUUGAUAAAUAACCCCGACUCUAGUCCAUGGGCCAGAGUAGAAAUUUGUACCACCUAAGAUGAGCACAUAUUUAGCACUGUACUACAGAUUUAUUUAUAUAACAAUAGUUUUUUCUACCCUUUCUGGCAAUAACACUGUACGGCGUGAGAGAUUGAAUUUUUUUACAAUCCGCACAUUUCAAAUGUCUAUAGCAGAAUUCACUGUUUUUUGGCCACACACAGCGAAAUUGGAACCGCUCGUGCCAUCUCGGGUGGUGGCGACGAGUUUAAAUAUCUCGUGUGGGCCUACGGGCCAAGGUGAUGGGUGCGAUAGCAUCAUCAAUAAUAGGGUGGCCAAUCGAUGUUUACCCAUUACGGCCAAGCAUGGUUGAAAGCAUUUACGUAUUAACGUUUGUCGAUUCGCCCGUAAGGGGCCGUCCAUAAAUGACGUCACGCGAUUUUGGACGAUUUUUGACCCCCCCCCCCCCCCUUCGUCACACGGCGUCACAAAAAGUCAGAUCCCCCCCUCAAAUAUGACGUCAUAAAGCUCUGCCCCC